AUGUCUGAAAAACGGCCUGCCCCAGAAGCAUUUGGUCCCUCGAGCGAGCUCGUUGUUAAGCGCACCAAGCAAGAUGUCCCUGGUUCAGCUGUUAUUAAGAGCUCCCAGAAUGGAGGAGCUCUUAUCAAGUCGAUGCCCCGAACCAGCGCUCUGCCGGCGCCGAUCAUGAAGCUCUCAGGUCAUAGUGGAGAAAUUUUUGCUGUUCGAUUUGACCCGACUGGUCAGCACAUCGCAUCUGGUUCAGUGGACCGAAGCAUUUUGAUUUGGAACACAUUCGGACAAUGCGACAACUACGGCAAACUAACUGGGCAUAAAGGCCCUGUGAUGGACCUGCAAUGGUCACGCGACUCGGAAACAUUGUUCUCAGCAUCGGCAGAUAAAACUGUAGUAAAUUGGGACUUGGCGACUGGAACAAAGAUUCGUCGUCAUGAUGCUCAUGAGGAGAUUGUCAAUGCAAUUGCCCUCUCUAAGCGGGGAGAGCAAGUGUUGGUUAGUGGCAGUGACGAUGGCUGUGUGGGUGUUUGGGACCCCCGCCAAAAGGAGCCCGUGGAGUUUCUUGAAACUCAACUCCCCAUUACCGCUGUUGCGAUCUCAGAGACAGCAACUGAGAUGUACAGUGGUGGAAUUGAUAACACGAUCCGUGUCUGGGACCUGCGUAAGAAUUCCGUGGUCUACACCUUGACCGGUCACAACGAUACCAUUACUUCGCUUGAGAUCUCGCCAGACUCGCAAACCCUUCUGUCCAACUCACACGACAACACGGUCCGAACUUGGGACAUUCGACCUUUUGCCUCCGUCAAUCGUCACAUCAAAUACUUCGAUGGUGCCCCCAUGGGCCUAGACGUGAAUCUUAUUCGUGCCAGCUGGAGUCACACAGGCGAUAAGAUCGCUGCAGGAAGUGGCGAUGGCACUGCUGUCGUUUGGGAUUCCAACACCGCGAAGAUGCUUUACAAACUUCCAGGUCACACAGGUUCCGUCAACGACGUCCGCUUGUCGCCCAACGACGAGCCACUUAUUGUUUCUUGCUCAUCCGAUCGCACCCUUCUUCUUGGUGAACUGAAGAAGUAA